AAAAAUGUUUACAUGGCUGACGUAAAAAUGUCAAACUCACGUAAUUCAACCACUUACAAAUGGAUUAUACCACUAAUAUUAUUAUUAAUAACUUCAGCAGCUGGAGAUGACAUAAAACCAGCAGAACGAAAUGCGACAUCCACAGCAGCACCACCCUCGACAUCAGCAACAGACCUGGAACCACUGAAAAAAAUUCUCAGCAGCAAUCUCACGACAGCUGUCAACAUAAAUCUAGCUCCCAGUCAAAAUGUAACAAUCUCUCACGAUGCCCAGGUACAAACAACUCUCAGUACUCCAAAAGCGACAACUACCACCCGAUCCGAGCAAACUCCAUCAAUAAACGUCACGACUGUCUCACCAAGUGCAGUAAUCAACAACACUAAUGAAACAACGACGCCCAAGAUAGACAUAGUACCUGUUAAUAUAACAAACAUAACAUCGACAACUCCAGCGACCAUAGAACCAGUGCUCCCGGCGAAAGAAUCUGCUGAAGAUGAACACAACAGCUCAAUGUCUAUAUUUUUCGUCUUGUGUGUCCUAGCACUGGGUAUUCUUCUCAUUCACUUAAUGUUGCAGACCAACUUCCAGUACUUGCCCGAGUCAGUGGUGAUAGUCUUCCUGGGAGCAGCCAUUGGGAUGUUCAUAAACUUCAUGUCCCACAAGGACAUUGCUAAUUGGAAAAAAGAAGAAGCCUUCUCACCAACUGCAUUUUUCCUCGUUCUACUACCGCCGAUUAUUUUCGAGUCUGGCUACAACUUGCACAAAGGUAACUUUUUCCAAAACAUCGGCAGCAUUCUGGUGUUUGCAAUAUUCGGUACAGCAAUCAGUGCGUUUGUAAUUGGUGCUGGGAUUUACUUGCUUGGAUUAGCACAAGUUGCGUACAAAUUAAGCUUCGUCGAGAGUUUCGCUUUUGGGUCCUUGAUAUCCGCGGUGGAUCCUGUGGCAACUGUUGCCAUUUUCCAUGCGCUGGACGUGGAUCCAGUUUUGAACAUGUUGGUGUUUGGAGAAUCUAUUUUAAACGACGCCAUCGCUAUUGUCCUGACCACUUCAGUUUUGGAAUCAAACAACGGAUCUACUACAGGAGAUGCCAUUAUUCUAGGACUAAACAGGUUCUGCUUGAUGUUCUUCGCGUCUGCUGGAAUCGGCGUGGUAUUUGCGCUGAUAAGCGCGCUGCUAUUGAAACACGUCGAUUUACGUAAGAAUCCAUCACUGGAGUUUGGGAUUAUGCUGGUGUUCACCUACGCACCGUAUGUUUUGGCAGAAGGGAUACAGCUAUCUGGUAUAAUGGCAAUCUUGUUCAACGGCAUCGUCAUGUCGCACUACACCCAUUUCAACCUAUCGACAGUCACGCAAAUUACAAUGCAGCAGACUAUGAGAACACUGGCGUUUAUUGCAGAAACUUGCGUUUUUGCUUACCUGGGAUUGGCGUUAUUCAGCUUUCGACACCGAGUCGAGCCGGCCUUGGUCACCUGGUCGCUCAUUUUGUGUUUGAUUGGACGCGCGGCAAAUAUAUUUCCUCUGGCAUUGCUGGUUAAUCGGUUCCGAGAGCACCAAAUCACCAAGAAGAUGAUGUUCAUUAUGUGGUUCAGCGGACUACGUGGUGCUAUUUCUUACGCACUGUCUCUCCAUCUUAAUUUCAGCGACGAAACACGACAUGUUAUUAUCACAACGACUCUUAUUAUUGUUUUGUUUACCACACUGUUUUUUGGAGGGUCCACUAUGCCGCUUUUAAAGUUCCUCAGAGCUGAGAAGAAAUCAAAUACAGGAAUUAUUGGUGGUGGUGGUGGUGGAAGAAGAAAGAAACGCGAUAAGGAAAUUUCAUUGAGUAAAACUAGAGAAUGGGGACAAACAAUUGACUCGGAGCAUUUAUCAGAGCUGACGGAAGAAGAAAUGGAUGUAUCUUUUAGACAAUCUAGAAUCGGUGGGUUUGCUCGCUGGGACUUGAAAUUCUUUAUUCCCUUUUUCACUCGUCGGUUCACGCAGCAGGAACUAAAGGACUGUAAAUCGCAAAUGACGGACCUAACGAACCAGUGGUAUCAAGCGAUAAGGAUAAGCCCUGUGGAAUCGGACGAGGACGACGAGACAACAGCUUCCACGGCACAGUUACACAAUUCGGGCUCGGUUAAUAAAUCCGAGGGAAAUGCACACGCAAAUACCAGGAGCGAGAACCAUUGUGUCACAGCCGGGGGAAAAAAAGGACGUCCAAAUCGCCACGGGUCUAUAUUGAGUAUUUAA